AUGUACCCAGACGCAGAUAUUGGAAAUGUGACACAUAAAAGAAGACUUUCGUUUAUCGUUAUUGGUGCCGGUUUAAUUGGGCCCAGGCAUGCUAAUCAUAUCAGACAGCGUCCAGAUUGCGAAAUCUUUGCAAUUGUUGACCAUUCUUCGAAGGGACCUUCUGUAGCAAAAGAGUUCAAUACCCUUUUGUUCAAAAACUUAGACGAACUUUUCAGAUAUUGCGAAUUGAACAAUAACAUGGUAUUCCCCGAUGCUGCUAUCAUUGCGACCCCUAAUGCCACACAUGUGCCGUUGGGUCUCCAAUUAGCAGACAAAGGUAUCCACUUAUUGGUCGAAAAGCCAUUGGCUCCCAGUGCCUCUGAUUGUAAGACUUUGAUAGAUUUCUGCUCCAAGAAAAAUGUUAAUUUGUUGGUUGGUCAUCAUAGAAGGUUCAAUCCAUAUAUUGUUGCAACUAAAGAAAACUUACAUCAAGUGGGAAACCCGAUAGCGAUUCAGGGAACUUGGGCUUUGUCUAAAAACGCUUCUUAUUUUACGGAAAAGCCUUGGAGGACUUCGGUCGAACUUGGUGGUGGUACGCUUCUCAUAAAUUUAAUUCAUGACUUGGAUUUAUUGCAAUACUUACUUGGACCGAUUGAGAAAGUGUACGCCGAAUUAUUGUCGAAGCAAAGGAGCAUUCCGGGCAAAUCUUAUGAUGAAUUAGUUGAUGAGGGUGCUGCUUUGACAAUAAGGUUUGCUAGCGGUUGUUGUGGGACUUUCAUUUGUUCAGAUAAUGUUACUUCACCAUUUCUGUUCGAAUCUGGAACCGGAGAAAACCCUACUAUUCCCUUCAAUGAUACCAUUGCUGGUUUCUAUAGAAUAUUUGGUACCCGUGGUACUCUCUCUGUGCCAGAUUUAAAUCUUUAUCAUCAAUCCAACUUACAGGUAGAGGACAGAUCUUGGUUACAGCCAAUUUCUUGUAACAAAAUCAAAAUGCAGCAUGAGCUCAUGGAGGAUGACUCAUUGCAGGAUGACUUUGGUAUGCUAUCUCCUUCUCCUUCGCCUAAUUUCAAAGACAGCCCAAUAUAUCAUAUCUCAAAAGGUGAAAAACCUAAGCCUUUCGAUUUGCAAUUGGACCACUUUAUCAAUUUAAUCAACAUGUCUGAAAACGUUGUUAAAUGUCCUGGAGAAGAUGCACUUAGAGCUUUAUUAUGUAUUGAAGCGGUCUUAAAAUCCAUCAAAACUGGAAGCCCGCAAUAUGUUGAAGAAAUCGAAAACAUAUAUUCCAACGAAGAGUUGCUAAAAAACUUAUGA